UUGCAAUUACUGAUACGCCAGAAUCUCCAGACCAGGAAGAAAUGAACGUGGAUCCUUCUCCUGAGCCAUAUUUGCCAACGCCUGACACAAUUAAAGAUGAUGAAGAUGAUAUGAUGCCAAUGAUGCAUGAUGAUGCAGACAUGAUGGAACUGGAUGAUGCAAGCAGAACGCCUGUGACUGAUGUGGAAAAUGUGACUGAGCUUGAUAUUGUCAGUCAAACAACACUAGACUUGAAUGUUACUAGCAGUGCUGAGAUGCCUGUAAUGGACAGUGUAGUCCACUGUCAAGCCAGCAUGGACACAGUAGAAGACAGUUCAAGUGAAGCUCUUAAAAGUGUUGUAUCAGAAGCUACAACUCAGAUUAGCUCGAGUGGAAAGGUAGCGAGACCUGACCUGUCAUGUGGUUUGACAACAGCAGCACAACUUCCAAUUUCAGGUGUUCAUCAAGCAAACAGAACAGCUGUUGUUACAUUCCCAGGCCUUACUGUGCCUGCUACAAGUUAUUCCAGGGGCCAGCUUCAGAAUUUAUCACCUCUCUUAGUAGAGGAACAUACCUUUGCCACUGACACAGUGUCUGUCUUGAAUACUCUGAUAGCAUCUGCAGUUGCCCCAGUCACAAGACAGGUCACUUCUCUUGUUCCUUCAGCGGUAGCAAUUCCUUGUUCUGUACCAUUUGCACUUGAUUCAGAACUGACAAACUCAACAGGAACUUUGCCAGUACAAGUACCUCCUGCAACUUCGGCCAAAGAGAAACUUCAAGAAACUCCAAGCACGUUGACCGCGUCAUAUUUGACCAGCCCAUCUGCAGUUGUAACCGAGGGUGUAGGGAUUACAGUCACGUCUGAAGUCGGGUUAACCACACCAGUAGCAAGCCCAGGGUGUUCAACAGCUGCAGUGCCUCUCCAUGCUGACAGUCUAGUGUCUACAGCCUGUGUGACAUCAGACAGUGCACCUCACAUGCACUCGAGUGUGACUGGAGCUUCACCCACUUUUUCUAUCAUUAAAUCAGCUACAGCAUCUUCUUCACCUCGGAGGACAUCGAUUCUCCAGGGUUCUGCUGGAAGCUUAUCUGCAAUGUCAGCUGUGCCAGUUUGCAUAAUUAGGUCACAGAGUGGUGGCAGUGGUAGUGGAAUUUCAACUACGGUGUCUCUUAUCAGUAGUGCGGUUGCUUCAACUGUUGCAUUGCCUGUUACCAGUUCUCAGCUAACAUCAGCUACAGUGGCAAAUCUGGUUGCAGAUGCAGUAAAUGCCGCGCGUUUACCGUACCCGCCGGCUUCGGUAGGCCAACAUUUGGCCUUCACGACAGCAAGUGUGGUGCCGCUGGUGACUGCGUCGCCAGCGGGUGUUAGUGUGAUAGCAAGUGCGUCAACUGUGUCACUGGGAGGUAUAAGUAUGUCUGUUGAUUCUUUGGUUCCACCACCCAGAAUGUCCACAGCUCCAGUCACAAGUUCUCAGUCUGUUUCCCCACAUGUACCUGUCACAGUUGAAACAAAUUCUUCCAUUAUCCCAAUAGUGGACACUAAGCAGUCAUCUGGUGAAAACCAGAAUUACAUAGUUAAACAUGCACCACCAACCUCUGUUCAAGCAAAUGCUGAAGAAAAAGAUGUGGAUAUUAGAAGCAAAUAUUUGACUUCACAAUCAACUGGCUCUCAGAAAGAAGACACAGAAAUUUUGGCUGACAUGUCAUCUAAGUUCUCUCAGGUAACUAGGCCAAGCAUGCUGGAGAACACAAGCCGAAAUUUGAAUAAUGAGCUACCACUACAGUCUGUGGGAACUGAACCAUCAUCAGUGUGCGCAGUUCAGAAUGCCCCUCAGAAAGUUGAUGAUGAUGAUGAUGAAAUAUUAAUGAAGACUAUGCAACUAAUUUUUCAAGAUACAAGACCUAGUGUCCUAGCAACUGUAGAGAGAGUGCCACAGAGUGCAGCAGCAGUAGUACAGCAAGAAACUGCAGGUACUGAAACAGAUCGCAGACGUUGGCAGCACAACAUACCAGAUACAUCAUCCAUUGUAGGAUCUGUUAUUGUAACUGAAGACAAGUGUUCAUCUGAUACACAGCAGUCACUUGUAGUUUCAAUUUCCAGUCCUCCUGUCACUGAUAAAGAGCCAAUAAAAGAGUUGACCUUAGCUGAUAAAUUACUGCAUCCACCUGUUCAAGAUUCAUUAUCAGCAUCAAAUAAAAUUCAAGCAGUUUCUAAACCAUACCCUGUGCCUUCAUCAAAUUUGCCUACGGUGUUUAUAGAACCUCACCAGAGAGAGGAAGUGAGAAUGGACUAUGAGGAUGGUGACAAGACUUCAGAUAUUCCAAAUAAAACCAAUGCAUCUUACUCACAUAAUAUCUUACCUGCAUCACAAAUAGAACCCUCUACAAAUUUGAAACUGCCAUUACAGACAACUGAAUCAACUGCAUCCAGCGAAGCACUUGUAGAUGUUCUUCGUGCACCUUCAGCAAUUCCACCAGAAACAUCAGCAGUGUUCAGUUCACCCUCUCAGAGUACAGUUACAGCAUCCACCACCAGUUCAGAGGUGAAAUCUAUUCCAGAAACAGCCCUCUCCAGCAAAGUGGUUAAAAGUACUGCAGUUCUGCCUCGAUCUGUAUUUUCAGGAGGAUUGUCGGGUUCUGGCCAGUCCAUGUUGGCAUGCAGACUGAGUACGAUAGCGAGUGGACCUCCAGUAAAUACUACACAGACAAGUCAGAGUGCAGCACCCCAGGGAAUUAUGACUUCUUCUGAGAUAGUGAGCCAAAUUGCAACAGUACCUGUCCCCAUGUCCACAGGGUGUCCUGUUGUCAUGACUCCUAGGAUUUCAUCCACUGCUGGCAGAUUCUCACCCAUAGUGAAUACAGGGCAAGCUGUAGCAUCUGUUGUGAGACAGUAUGUGGCUUACACACAGCAGCAAGUGGCAUCACAAACAUCUCCUGUAAUUGCAGGUAUCUCAAGAAGCUUGUCAAUGCCUUCCCCUGCCCAUUCACCACACCUGCCAGCUCAGGGCAGUGUCAGUGUUUUGGCACCAACCACUGCUGCCAGAGUAAUUUCAUCAAAGUCACAUCAAAGUUUGGCAGCAGAACAGUUUGUGCAGAGUAGAACAGAAGCACCACCUGUGCUGACUGUGAGUAGUAGUGUUAUGCAGUCACAGGCCACAGUUUCUUCCAUGCCUCAGCCAUCAGGAACCAUCUUGCAGACACGAGUAUCAGCACCACCAUCUGCCUCUGGAUUAGCAGCAAUACAGCAUGUUACAUCAUAUGAAGGAACCAACAGGACAGAUGGAGAUAUCGAGACAGUAGUAACAUCAGCUUUAGAGAGAUUAGGAAGAGAUGUAAUUCUGUCAGUCUCUAGUGAAUCUGCAACAAGUUCUAGAAACAGCGAUCUUGUGGACUCUUCAAAGUAUCCAUAUGCAAGUUCUGCACCACCAAGAAUCCAGUCAUCUUGCAGUGUUUUUUCCAGUGUCAUGUACCCACAGAGAAGAAUGAGUGCUGGAGAAAUCAAGGUGGAGGAACCAGCAAGGUCAUGCCAGUUCGAGCAGCUGACAGCAGUUAAAACUGAAACCUUGGAUUUGUGUCUGUUUCAAGAAUCACCAGUUCCCACCACAAGUAUUAUCAUGCAGCAACAGCAGCAUUCUAGUCCAACUCUUACAUCAAUUUCAAAACCUGUUGCAACAUCGUGCAUAAUGGCUUCUCAGCCAUCAGUUGCAACUAUAGUACCAAAGACCGAGACGCAGCAUUUGGUCAGCAGCUGUAAAUUUUCAUCAACAACACAGGCUUUGUCCCAGCCCCAGCAGCAAGCCCCAGUGCCUGCAUUCCCACACAGGAUGGAGGAGUCACAGAAUGUAUUAUUGAAGCAGCUUCUUCAAAACACUGGCUGUGCUCAAACCCAGUCACAGCAAACAUCGUCUGUACCAACUCACCAUCAUGGUGCUCCUAGUUUACCUGUAGUACCAUCAUUAGAAGCUCAGCUGGCAAGACCAGUCCCUCCCACGCCAUCUUCCCUUUUGCCGCCGCUUCUUACAAAUGACAGUCCACAGUCACAAACACCACAGUUAUCACGACAGUUGUCACACUUGACAACACGUGAAACAUCCCUUGUUUCAAGACCCCCUCCACAACUUUCUACUUCUCUGUCCAUCCCUGUGCAAACUGACAGGAGGCCAGACCCUCCAAAUAGAGAGAAUGUCCUCUCUCCUCCAGCAACACUGAGGUCCUGCGCUAAUGUGGCUGAAUCUAACCUCCAUGAACCAACCCCCUUAUCAUCACCUCAUGUUGUGACAAUAAAAAAGGAAGUUGCACCUCCGCUGCAAAGUCCAUCUGCUGAUGUGAAGAAGGAGACUGUGUCAGAUGAUUCGUCAGAGCAGGUGGCAAGUGAAAAGAAAGAGUUUCAUGGCAAGACAGAGCAGCCAUCAAAGGAUGAGAUUGGUGAUUUAGGAAUGGAAGCAAGCUGUGACAAGACAACUCAGGAUCAGGCAGCAUUGGAUGCAAAGAAAGUUAAAAGACGCUUGUACCAGCAAAAGCGGCGGCAGAGCCAAGGAAAGGAACCGACUGCUAGUGGAGGAACUCCUAAGAAGCAGCGCAUACGGAAGGUCAGUGGUUCCAAAGUGGAUGAAGAUUAUGACACAUACAUUGAGAAUCUGAUGAUGCAAUUACGACAGCUACCACCUAUGAGCGUCUUAGAACCUGCUUUAUCAAGAAAUUAUGCUGUGUGCUCCAUCUUUGGGUCUGGUGAUUUGACAAAAAUUGGUACAACACGCGAUUACUCUACACGUCAUGGUGAUCUAAAGGGUUCAUUUUGUGCUGCAUAUUUAGCUCAUGUGUCUGAUCAUUAUAAUACACAGCCGUUUGGAGACCUUCCCCCACUACCACCACAGCCUCCAGUUUCAACUCAGAGGGGGUUCUAUGACCAAGAAUUUGCAGCACUGAAACUUGAAAAUGAUGAUGAUAAAAGGCCAGAUGGACAGACGAGUGGGAAUCGUGAUCGAGGCAAUGACACUCCUGACACGGUUGUCAGUUCAUCAUCACCAGAGUGCGUGAUUCAUGAGUUGCCCAUCAGAUUCCCAGGUCUGAAGCUUAUUGAAGAGGAAGACUCUGAGAAGGAGGAAGAAACCAGAUGGAUGAAACGUUCUUCUCCCAUUAUCCCUAUUAUAUCUCCAAUACCAAUUCGUCUUCGCCCAGGCAUGCAGAUGGCAAAAGAAAUUAGCGAUGUGGAUAAGGAAAAUGUUGGCGUGACACGUGACCACAUUCAGCUUAAGACGCGGUUUGGUGUUUAUCCACCUGCCCCUCUUCGUGAUGCUGGUAAUGUGACGGUGACUCUGACAUUAACAUCGGCGGCCGCAGGAGAUAUCCUAGGUGUUUUGCGUCACUUGGCAAACAUUCUCAGUAUUCCAGCACCCUCAGGAUACCAGAUAGUGGAGAGGACCAGUACACCACCAAGCCAGAAACUGGGGCUCUACCGCACGAAGGGGAAAGAUGGCAAAGAGGGAGCUCCAGUUGAUAUCCAGAGUAUUCUGAACGGAGCUGCAAAGUUCUGCAGGCACUGUGACGUGGUGAUACUGAGCAGCUUGAUCCGCAAGAAAGCGUCAGAACUGCCGUUUCUAGCCAAAGAUGAUGUGGUAGAGAAUGGAGAUGAUCUGUAUUUCUGUAGCUCCGCAUGCUACAUGCAGUUCGCUCUCAUGCAUCGCUCUCCCAGUAUAUCAGAGGAUAAAGCUGCUGCCAUUGUGGACCAUCUUUGUCAGACAGCAGAGUCUCCAAGUCAACAGAAGAAGGUGUGCCCUCCAGAAAGUACAGAGAAAGUCAAGGAAGAUGAGAGAUCUGAGAAAAAGGUAAAGGAGGAGGAUGAGCAGAUGGACGUAGACCGGCAGCUGAACGAGUUUGAAGACGUGAAGACAGAGCAAGAUGAUGCAGAGAAGAGUGAGUCUGCGGAGCCUCAGUCCAUUCCAACGCAGAGCAAGAAAACUGAAUCUGUGAGUGUAAAUACAGAAGUACCACUUGAAAAACUAGAAAAGAAGCCUGCAUCAGGAACAGUACCUACAGCAUCAGCCGUAGCAACUGUAACAGUGCCAUCCUCCACUCUGCAUCAAGGGACAUCUAGUGACAAGAGGAGCCGUCGACAUACCGGAGAUGAUCAGGCCAUCGCCCCUUCUUCCCAUUGUCCGCCUCCUACCAAACUGUGGAAAGGAGUGAAAUAUAAGUACUGGACUCCUGGAGCUAUUCAGCCUGCUGUGAAAUAUAAGAAACCCACUGACAAAGAGGUCACAGAGAUGCUGUUUCGAAUGGGUAUCACGAUGACUCCAGCCAAGAUUCCUGAAGAUACCCGCAAAUGCAUGUUCUGUCACCAAAUUGGAGAUGGAGUAGGUGAUGGAACAGCCAGGUUACUAAACUUUGAUGUGGACAAGUGGGUGCAUCUGAAUUGUGCCCUGUGGUCAGAUGACGUGUAUGAGACCGUGAAUGGCGCACUGAUGAAUCUAGAGAAUUCACUACAGCAAAGUCUUGUACUUAGCUGCGUUGUAUGUCAUCGCAUGGGCGCUACAAUUCGCUGCUUCAAACUUCGCUGCUCAAAUGUUUAUCACCUGGGUUGUGCUGUUAAAGAUGGCUGUGUUUUCUUCAAGAACAAGUCUACUUACUGCUCUGCUCAUAUCCCAAAGAAUGAGAAGGAUAACGAACUAACGACAUUGUCAGUGUUCCGACGAGUGUAUGUGAAUCGCGAUGAGAAUCGUCAGGUGGCAACUGUGAUGCAUCAGGAUCAUAACAAUCUUUUACGAGUCGGCAGUCUCAUCUUCCUGAGUGUGGGUCAACUGUUGCCUCACCAACUUCAAGCCUUCCACACACCUAACUACAUUUAUCCAAUUGGAUACAAGAUUGUUCGCUUCUAUUGGAGCAUGAGGGUACCAAACAAACGAUGUCGUUAUGUCUGUUCCAUCCACGAUGUGGCCGGUCGUCCUGAGUUCCGAGUGCUGGUCCAGGAGCCGUGUCAGGAUGACCUGGAACUGCGUGACUGCACACCUCGUGCUGUGUGGGCCAGAAUUCUUGAACCCCUUGCAUCCCUCAGGAAGGAGAUGGGAGGUGUGCAGGUGUUCCCUCGUUUCAUUUCUGGAGAGGAUCUCUUUGGCUUGACAGAACCUGCUGUUGUCCGAGUGCUAGAAAGUCUGCCAGGAGUUGAAACCCUGACGGACUAUCGAUUCAAGUAUGGAAGAAAUCCGCUGUUGGAGUUGCCACUGGCUGUAAAUCCAACUGGCUGUGCCCGGACAGAACCCAAACUGAGAAACCAGUUCCUAUGGAAGCGACCUCACACUCAAAGGACAGGAUCAUCGUCUAGACCAAUUUUCGUUCCAACAGCAAGCAUGGCUGGUGAAGCAGCAUGCCCCUACUCCAAGCAGUUUGUCCACUCAAAGAGUUCCCAGUACAAAAAGAUGAAACAAGAGUGGCGUAAUAAUGUUUACCUUGCCAGAUCCAAAAUCCAAGGUCUGGGUCUGUAUGCUGCUAGGGAUUUGGAGCGCCACACCAUGGUGAUUGAAUAUAUUGGUGAGGUGAUCCGAACAGAACUGUCUGAGCUGCGAGAGAAGCAGUAUGAGGCCCGAAAUCGUGGUAUUUAUAUGUUCCGCCUGGAUGAAGAUCGUGUUGUGGAUGCCACUUUGUCAGGAGGACUUGCUCGAUACAUUAACCACUCAUGCAACCCAAACUGUGUGGCUGAGAUUGUAGAAGUGGAGCGAGAUCUUAGGAUAAUCAUCUUUGCAAAGAGACGGAUCUCCCGUGGAGAAGAGCUGGCGUAUGACUACAAGUUUGACAUUGAAGACGAUCAGCAUAAGAUUCCUUGUAACUGUGGUGCACCCAACUGCAGGAAGUGGAUGAAUUAACCUGAGAUAUUGAGAUACACAGGUACACGAGUAAGAGUAAAGUACAUUCCCUUAAUAACUAAGUCAUAUAAUUCCACCGAAAUAAGAGACCAUAUGUAGGUUUCUAAUUUUCUAGGUUAUUUUUACAUUAAAAAACACAGUGUGAUUGAUAAUAAAAUAAGUUUUAGUAAGUAUCAUUAUUAAAUCCUCAAGGCAAAAAUUCAUUACGUCGUAUAAUUUUUAUAUUCAUAAUCUUAUGUGUGUUGUGUGCGUGUGUGAUUUUCACUGUAGCUACUGAACUACGUAAUGAUGUAAGAAACAUUCAUAUAAGAUGUGAAACCCAUUUUACUUUAAUAUGACACAUAUGGAUUAUUAUAGAAUGCAAUAGAAAUAUAAAGUAAGCACUCUAACAGUUGUCAGCAGACUGAAGUUAUAAGAAGAAGAAAAGAGGACUCAGGAAAAGUUGUGUUUCAGGAUUGAUUCUUUUUGAGUCCUGUAGUUACAAGGAUGCAUAUAGUCAUACUGAUACUCAUGAGUUAUAAUGUAUAUAGUUUUUCAGUCUGUAAAUAAAGAUUCGUUUAUUUCUUCACUCAUAAUCUUCGUGAUUUUAUAGUGCUGUUAGUGUAUUGUGCUGCUCGUGGUCGAAUGAGCAAUGAUUUAUGAGUAAGUAGCAUAAUAUCUGUUCUCUUUUUGUGAUGUGAAUCCACUGGGGUGCCUGUCUUGUAUGCAUUAUAGCAAAACUGCAGUAUAGAGCUGUUUGGUUUGUACAUAACACAAAGUACCCAAAGUGCUAUUCUGUCUUAAAAUUGUAAAGAAAUAGUGAAAAUGUUAUAAUAUUCACUUGUACAUUACAUGUAGUAAUAUAACAAUAAGAGCGUGUAUAAAUGCACAUUGAAUAUUUCUGUAAGUGAAGGUGUAAAUGUGAUAGCAUUGGAAGACGGCUUGACGCCAGUGAAGUUAUUAUUAUGUUUGUGUGUGAGAUGGCAGGACAUUUGGAAUUAUGAAGAACAGUGUUUGGCCAAUCAAAUCUCUUUGAUACUUAAAGUCUUCUAAUAUAAAUUUUAUGUUUUUAUAUAUAUCACGGUGCAAUGUUGCAGAGAUUGUCAGAGUAAUCAGAUUUCUCAUGGGUGAAAAAGUUUUCUGUCUUCAGCAUCUAUAAUUCUGCAGGCAAAGGAUGAAAUCAGUGAAGUUGUUUUUACCAGUCGUACCAUUAAUGACUUGGCUUUCUUCCCAAAAUUCUUUGAUUGUGUGAGACUUGUUGCAGUAGAUGCAAACCUUCAAAGCUCCCCACAAAAAAAUCACAGUAAAUAAGUACCAUCACAUUAAAAUAGUGUGAAAAUGAUUUGACGUUAUUCAGUGUCAAAAUUGUCUUUAAAGUGUAUUCAGCGUGGCUGUUACCAUCUACAGAUGUGCACAAUCUUGCAUCCCCUCUGUGUCUGAAGCAUCUGCAGAGAUGUGGCAUAGGCCAGGUCACCCUCCAACGUAGAAGUAGUGUCUCUCGGGAACUUUAAAAUGUUCUACAUAAGUGAAACCUUUAACUUUUGCAAAGGCAGAGGAACUUCAAUAAUUGAAUCUUAUGCAAAUAAAGGUGAAGUCGUUGCAGAUGACGGUAUGUGUAAAUGGCUGUUUCAACUCGGUGAUUGUUGUAGAUAACCAUAUAUUUUUAAACUUCCUCCUCUACAUGUUUAUUACUGGAUAUUAUUACACCGAAACAUAAUAAAUUCAAUGUACUUGAACAAACAUAUUUAUUUUAUAUUAAGUUCUAACCUUUGUCGUCUGUGCAACACACUGACUGUGCAUCGCACUAGCAUACCGCAAAGCCAUCAACCCCGGAGUUAUUGCCUGGUUGGCAGGCCUGUAGUAUGGUGGUUGAAAUCCCCUGUUCUCAUACAACAAGGGUUAAUGAUAAAGAUGCUUUUCUAAACUGGAAGCUUUUUCUCUCAGAUGUUUGUUGAUGCGAUGUUGCUAUUUUUAACAUUGACGUAGCAUUACUUUUAAAGAAUUACAGAUGAACUGAAGAUGAAUAUUAUUUGUUCUUGCAGACCCGAUGUUUGAUAUUGUAGUGCCGCGAGCCGCCUCCUCGAUUCUUUAGAGCACUGUUCUUCUGCGAGAAUAUUACAAAACCCAGUGGUGUCAUAGCACACCUUCAAAAUAUAAAAUGUGGAACAUCUACAGCAUUGUGGAUUGUGGCUUUCUGCCUUUAACACUCUGUAGUCUUGAAUGUUAUUAGCAAUUUUUCAGAGGUACGUGUCACAUCCAUCUUUAUGGUAGAACCUCUUUUUUUAAGAUGAAGGUGAUAUUUUCAGGUUUGAGCUCCUAUCGUAAAAAUAAAGGUGCCGUGUUCCUCAAAAGUUAUUCUAGCAAUCUGCAUGACUUAAUGGCAUCACGACCCAGAAAACCACAAUCUACAUUUUGAUUAGUGUGCAAACCUCAGCUGCAGGAUGAAAAUUGUGUCACAAAGAGAAAUUGAACUGUAGGACAGUUCAAAGAUUUUUGGUCAUUCAGAUAGCAGUUUCUAGAUCAAAGAGACUGAGAAACAGCACUUUAAAAAUUACAGCAAUCAGUGGUCCUGUUCUCAUUUAUGCACUUGAAAGCCCACCACCUGGUAAGUGCUGUCUCUCAUCCUCUGCAUACUGUUAAAUUAAAUAACGUUCACAUAAAAUAAUGAAAAUGUCACGGUUUACUGGGUGGAAGUAAGCUGCUGAGAAUGGUUUGCUACUGCAUUGCAUUUAUAGUUGGUGGUGGCGGUAUGCGUUUCUGAGAGUUGUGAAUAGCAGAAAAUUUGCAGAAUUAUUGUAUUUAAAUAUGCUGAUGCACAUUCUUUGUAAAUACCUUCUGUUUUUAGUUGUAAAAGAAACGAGAGAAGAAAAGCUAAUUUACCAAAGUGAAAAUGUUUGUUAAAUGCUUGUUUAAGUGUCAUGGGCGUAUUGAGAUCAAUGUUGUAUUGAGUGAGGAUAGUGCAAUACGUGUGAGGCUCAUGAAGAUGAUAUUUCAUUGUUUGUGAUAACUGUGUUUUGCUUUUAUGCAGUGAUAUAAGACAGUUCAAUCAAGACUUUUUACACAAAUCAUUUAUAAGCAUUUGAGACGAUACUUUUAUAUCUGAACUUAGCCUUUGGAUGCAUUUCUUGCUUAUAAGUGUGAAGGAAAGAAUUGUUGCUUCAUAAGUUCCAGUUGCUUUUCUUGACACUUUCAUAAAUGCGCAAGCUGAUCGGUCAUCACUUUUUUUCCUUGGUUUGUGUUCAUGUAUAAGUGUUGAUGGUUAAUGUUACAUCCAGUUCACUUUCAUCAGCUCUCAGAGCAUUUCAUUAUUAACCUUUAUUCUUUUACAUGAAGAGUAUUCUAUAUCUUCUGUGCUUUUUAGGUGCACUCAUAUAUAAAGUACUUCAGUUACUAAAUGUAAAUUGAUUGUGUUGAAUGUGUUGUAUUUUUCUUGUGAAAAUGUUAUGAUGUAGCGGUCAGUCCGUAUUUUAUUAGUUUCCCAUUUGAAGGAAGUACUUCAAAUGGAAACCACAUUUUCACACUGUGAAAAAUACUGAUAAAAAUGGCAACUUAAAAGUUUUCACUUGUUUUCAUCCCCACCAUUUGCUUUAAAUAAGUCCACUUGGUAAUCUGAAUCAGAAUUUGUCCCACGUUUGCAAACCCCAGUUCUACAUGAGCAAAUGUUAGUUUUCCCCUUAAAAUAUUUUAUAUUGUCUUCAUGUUAAGUCCACGUGCAUUCUAACUUCGUAUUUCUUCAUUAAUUUCACAGAAGGACAAUCAAGCAAACUGUAUUAUAAGUAGCACUACCUGAAAAAAAAAUUAUAGUGUAAUGUUGAAUGUAGUGUUUUGUAUAAAUGCAACCACCAUUUAUACAAUGUAUAAAAUGAAGUUAUAUGCAAAAAGAAAAAUUGUGGUUUGAUAAAUAUCUGUUAAUUUAUUUCACCAUGUGUUAGUCGUGCUUAAUUAAAUUUGGGGAAUGCUUGCCA